UUCUGCUGCCUAUCCCACAGUGCGCGUAACGGAUCUCUCCGCGGUCAGACGCGCUCCUCGGUCUGCAGACAGCGGACUCCUCUGGUCCUCUGGUCCUCUAGUCCUCAGCUCCUCAGGUCUUCUGGUCCUCUAGUCCUCUAGUCCCCAGCUCCUCUGGUCCUCUGGUCCUCUGAAAGCUUCAGAGGAAGAAGCCUGAAGCAUGCAACGGACUCCCAGUAAAGGUUAGAGAGGACGGACGCCCCUGCUGCUGCUGUCCAGCUCCACGGGGUCGAGCUUUUCUUUGCAGUGAAGAUUAUUCCCCCCCCCCCACCCCAAAGAAAAUCAUCAAAUAUCCUGAAAAUGGAUCCUUUACAAAAUGGGAAUAAUUGUGAGGAGGACUCGCAGUGUGCCGAAGAACAAGAAGAAGAAGAAGAAGAGGAGGAGGAAGAAGAUGUGGAUCCAAGAAUCCAGGGAGAACUGGAGAAGUUGAACCAGUCCACCGAUGACAUCAACCGCUGGGAGAGCGAGCUGGAGGACAGCCGUCAGCGCUUUCGCGCGGUGCUGGUGGAGGCCACAGUGAAGCUGGACGAGCAGGUGAAGAGGAUCGGACGAGCUGUGGACGAGUCCAAACCGUACUGGGAAGCCCGCAAAAUAGCAAGACAGGCCCAGGUCGAAGCCCAAAAGGCCACUCAGGAGUUCCAGCGGGCGGUUGAGAUCCUGCGGGCCGCCAAGGAGACCAUCGCCCUGGCCGAGGAGAGGCUGCUGGAGGAGGACAGCCGGCAGUUCGACUCCGCCUGGCAGGAGAUGCUCAACCACGCCACGAAGAGGGUGAUGGAGGCCGAGCAGACGAGAACGCGCAGCGAGGCCGAACACAGGAAAACGUCGGCCGAUUACAACUCCUGCAUCGGCCACAUGAGGCAGUUGGAGAAGAAGCACAAGCGCUCCAUCAACAAAUCCAGGCCGUAUUUUGAACUGAAAGCCAAGUAUUAUCUGCAGCUUGAGCAACUCAAGCGCCGUGUGGAUGAGCGUCAGGCCAAACUCGUGGUCGCUAAGGCCGACUACCGCGCAGCGUUACGCAACCUGGAGGGCAUCUCCGAAGAGAUCCACGCCCAGCGGCGCUCCCUCGCCAUGGGCGCCAGGGAGCGGGGUGUCGGGGCGGAGGGCGAUGGGCCCGACGAGGACAUCGCCGACUUCACCAUGGAGUCAGACGGUCUGUCGAUGGUGUCCGUAUCAAUCGAUGAAGAGGGCGGUCGCAGUAGCAGCUCAGAGGAGGAGACCAACACUCACCCCACCUCCUCCCCGCGAGCCAUGCCCUCCUCUUCAUCAUCAUCCCCCUCCUCCUCCUCCUCCUCCCAACCUUCCACCUCUACCUCCACCCCCUUGGACGUGCCCUGCCCUCAGCCCUCCUCCUCCUCCACCUCCUCCUCCUCCUCGCUCUGCACCCCCUGCUCGUGCCUCUCCUCCUCGCCCUCCGAACUCUCUUCCUCCGGUCCUGGUGGGGAGGAGUUAGCGAGCCCCUGCGGCCCUCAUGACCCCGACUCGGCGUGGGGUUCUCGGCAUGCCUCGCCUCUCCUGGGCCCUCGCAGCCAGUGCAGCGGAGCUUCUUCUCCAGACUGCGACCAGGAGAGAGGUGACAGAGCAGAGGGAGCGGAGGCAGCGCUACAAGCCGGUUUGAACAAAUUAACCUUGACUGUAGCUCAAAAACAAGAAGGGGACCCCGGGGAUGAACGAGACCUCCAUGUCGUGGACCCCGAAGCAUCCACGACCGCUCAGCUCCUCCACAGCGUCUCAUAAACCUCCGUUUCCGUGGCAGAAGACCUGGAUAAUGAGCUAAAUCUAUCUUGCAACCCCCCCCCCCAGAGGUCACACCAACCUGACAUCGUGUGGUCUGACAUCGACAUUGUCUUAACCUCCAAUGGCGUCAUACUAGAAGGUGCUAAAGGAGUGUAUUUGAACAUCAGUGCAUCAUUUUCAAUUGUAAACCUGUUGUGUAAAAUAAGAGCAGGGGACCGGAGGAUUGGCCUGUAUUGGUAUCAUCAGUGCUAGCAUUAGCAUUAUUCCUCAUAAAUCUCAUUUCUUGCUGUUGCAAAGUGGGCGUUUUGGUGCCAUUGAACGGAUUUCACUCGAUCCGCCUGUUAAAUAAUUAUCGUUGUACAGCGGUAUGGAGAAAAAAAAAUGAAAAAAGAAGUCUCUUUUGCGUUCUCUAGAUGGCUGUGAAACUUUACGAAAAAAAUGGUGUAACCCGUCUACGGCUUUGAUGUAAUGUGUCAAAAAAACAACAUAUAUUAUGUAUAGACGAUAACAGUGAGCCUCUUUGGGACACAGCAAGAUGUUGAACGUGGGAUAAUUUCUCCUUUGGUGAGCUCCGCUUUUAGCUCCUAAAUGUUAGGUUGUCGGAGGCAGAGACUGUUUUUGUGGAGGAGGAAGGAGGAGUGGACUCUCUCCAGAAGGGACUGAGCACCAGUGGAUUUUGUGAACGAGUGAAUGAAUGAGUGCUGAUCUCCGUCUGAGGAGGUGGGCGAUUGAGCACAUUUGAGUGAAUGCUCAAAUACUACCUGUAGAACAAAUAUUCUAUAUUUAUACUCCUGUAUUCUUGUAUAUGAACAGUGGUGUGUGUGUGGUUACUGUUUUGUUAUCGUUUAACAAAAUAAGCAAUGAAUGUGCAGUCUUCAACGACGUUUGUUCUCGCUUAAGGUUUGCGAAUUGAAAUAUUGGUCAUUCAAAGGCCUCUUUUGAAAUAGGCAGAAUUAUGCCUUUUAAACAGGAUAAUGUGGUAUUGGGCAACUCAUCAGGGAAGAUGUGACAGCUGAACAGAUGAAGUGGCUGUUGGUUAUCGAAUGAAAACGUCUGCUCAGCGAAUAAGCACGUUUGCUGUUCCUCAAUGUUCAAUUUAAGAGUAGAUGAGGUCGUUAGGACCCCGAGAGAGUGCCAAAAAUAAUCAAUAUUCCAGGAGAUGCAAGUUUUCUAAUAAACAAUAUAAAUAACGAUACAUUUAACCCCAAAAAAACUGAAAGACUGAAACAAACCAAAAGAGGACGAGGUCGUAUAGGAGCAUGGGCUCAUCCACCUAAACCUAACCGAAAUAAAAGACAAGAAAACAGGACGACCAGAGCCUUCAAAGUCACGAGGAUCUAAUAAAAUUAAAAAAGGCGAUGCGCACAGCCCCUUUUUUCACCUCGAUGGGUCCAACGUAGUGGCAAAGGGAUGGCUCGGAGCUUGAUGAUACCUCAAUUGACCUUAAAUUAGAAGGAAUAGCAAGUUCAACCAAAACUAGACUUGUUUGCUCAGGGGCUUUUUGUGGCUUGCAUAAACCACACAAGGGAUACCUCAGUACAUCUCGAGUUGAAUCCGCCAUUUGCUCCUUCACUUCAAGGCUUUGGAGAAGUACAGUAUAGCAGCACAUGAUGCAAUGUGUAUUCUUUACAGCUCCAUUUGGUUUCAUUGUUGUUUUUCAGUGCCACUUGAACUUGCAGAGCAGCAUUUUCAGCAGCUGCUUCAUUUUUACAUGCCGACCCAUAAAAGGUUGUUCAGUUCCACCUUAAAAGAUGUUUUUUUUUACCAUUUAUUCUUCUUCCAAUUCAUGAAUUUGGGGUGUGUGAGUAUUAUAGGGAGAACUGACUCAUCCCAGACUUGGCGUUGAUUCCUAUCCGUCAGAGAUUGUUUGCCAUGAGUCAUCAACUGAGUCACGGGCAGCAUACCUUCAGUAGAGCCAAGUAUUCCUCAAACCCUCGUCAAAACUCGUUUUGAUCUGCCUCGAGCAUAAACUCACUCCUGAUAGAAAUGAAAAUGAAUCCACCAGAGCACGCAGGCUCCUCUGGGAGGAACUGUGUCGUGAGGUAGGUACAUCUGCCAUCUGCUGGUGACUUGGAGCUGCGUGCAGUCGUCCAAUGGACACGUGGACGAGCUUCUCCUCGCGCCCUCGUUCUAAAUACUACUGCUGUUGAGUCACGGAAUGUCAUUUUAGGAUGUUUUCAGGCGAGAAGUUAUUAGUUUAAUCGUAAAAUCUGUGGUCGGUUUGUCGAGAUUCAGCCGACUAAAAAUAUGCGUCGACUUUUUCGGAGAUUUCAGUUCCGGCUCUGCAGCACCGGGCGGUCAGCGCUCAGUGUGGCCG